CAGCUUGAAUGGAAGACAGAGAGACGAUAGCUUCACUCACUGCUGGCUUGGAUAACUGACCUGGGGUCUAGUCCUCUUUACAUUCUUUUGCUCUAUUCAUUCAUUACCAUUCUGACUACAUACGUUCUUUUUCGUACACUAUUCCAACCGAAUACAUUCGUUCCUUGCUUGACCUCUAAGCCAACAUCACAAUGUCUCGUCUUCUCACUUUCGCUGCCGGCCUGGCGCUGGCUGCUGCCCAACUCACCUCCUCCUCGCUCGAGAACCACGUCGAUACCCUCACCUUGGGUGCCUCUUUCAACCCCGUCAAGGAAGCUUACUGGACUGGUCUUCCCCACCAUCGCCGAACUCCCUUUGCCGUCUCUCCUGAUGGAAAGACUGCUUUCCUGGCUUACCUCGAUGCCAGUGGUACCGGUGUCCACAUCCAGGGUGUUGACCCCAAGACCUUUGCUGCUGUUGGAUCUCCUGUUACUGUCAAGAACGGCAAGGAGGCCGGUGGUCUCGUUGCCCACAACGAUGGUUUCGCUCUCCUGACCAACGAGGUUGUUUCUGGAGAGUCCAAGGAUCCUCUUCCUGUGAUCUACAAGUACACCAAUGGCAAGCAGGCUUUCCGAACUCUCCUUGGAGGCUCUGGCUUCUCAGGAAAUGCUCUGGCUUCUCCUGACAUCAACGGUGAUCUCGUCUUCUCCGAGAAGGCUGGCUACUAUGCCGCCUACAUCGUUGUCACCUCUUACAGUGGCGAUGCUUCCGGUCACUUUGGUGAUGCCAUCCGCUACAUCACCCCUGAGGGUAAGGUUGAGGAGAUCCAGGGCGCUUCUUCUUCAUGGGGCUGCUCCCAUAACACCGGUAUUGCCUUCGAAGCCGCCGACGAGCCCCCUUUCGCUUCACUUUGCUCCGAAGACCAGGGUGCUAUCUGGUUGAACACCGAGACUCAGGGCAUGAGCAACAACGGUGUCAAGGUCUCCAACGAGCACGUCAUCAACGGUGCUAGUAACGAGCCCAUGGGUGGAAUGAGUGGCUCUUACAGCUCUCUCGCUCGCUUCAUUGGUGCUGACUCUUACAUCUUCUCCUGGGUUUCUCGUGGUGCUAUCGAUCUUACUCUCAACGACUGGAUGGGUGAGGGCUACACUCACGCUGAGAACCGUACCAACAACCGCAACGUUGCCAUUGCUCUGUUCUCUGACAAGAAGACACUUAUUGGCGAGCAGGCUUCGUCCAAGGUUGGCGCCAAGGAUGGUGACAGCCAAGUCAACUGGGUGACUGAUGGUGCCAACGACUGCUCCAACGCUCACGUUGCUACCUUCGAUGCUUCCACUGCUCUUGUUACCUGGGAGGAGAUCUCCAACCCCGUCUGCGAGUUCGAGGCCAUGGGCUGCAAGGGCAAGUUUGCUGGUACCAAGUUCCAGGCUGUCGACAGCAAGGGCAAGAAGAUUGGCUCUGCCAUCACCUCUGAGGAUACCUACGUUGCUGGUGACAUGGUCACUAUGUCUGAUGGCCGUAUCUGCUGGCCCUAUGUCAACAUGGCUUGGUCUCUCAGUGGCCCUACCCAGGCUGCUGAUGUCAAGAAGAUCUCUUUCGCUUGUAUUUCCAACGGCAGUGGCUCUGGAUCCGGCUCUGGAUCUACUACCAAGGCUUCUACUGCUGUCGCUCAACCUGCUGCUACCAAGACUCCUAAUGCUGGUGCUGCUAAGCCUUCUACUGCCGAGGCUGCUGCUGGUGCUGAGGUUUCCUCUGCUGAGUCUGACGUCCCUGAGGGUGCGCCUCGUCCCUCUUUCGCUACAGUCCCUGACUCUGUGACUGAUGUUCUCUCUGCACCAACUGAGGUCACUUCGUCUGCUGCUGCUGCUGAGAAGCCUUCCUCAGUUGUCAUCAAGCCGUCUGCCCCCGCUGCCCCUGUGGAUGGUGACAACGAGCCUGCUACCACCGAGGCUCCUACCAAGGCCGCUCCUACCGCGUCCAAGCCCACCGACGGCGAGGACGAUUGUGAUGAGCAAGAGUCCGGUAACGCCCCUGUUGCUACCCAGGUCUCUACCGAGAUCGCUGCCCCUGUUGAGACUAUCCCCACCUCCGCCGAUGGUGAAGAUGACUGCAAUGAGGAAGCCUCCGGGAACUCCCCAGUUACCACUCAGGCACCCACCAAGGCUAACAAGUCUUCUGGCCGCCGCACUCGCACUCGAACCCGCACUCAUACUCGCCGCCCCAGCUCCCCCUUUUCCAAGAAGGAGUGUGUAGCUAAGACCGUUACCCAGACUGUCUAUGUUACUGCUACUGCUGCCCCUGGAUACUAGUGGCUGGUUCAAUUAUCAUUAGCAGUACAUGAAAUCGCAUGUGUGCCUGACAAUUAUUCGUUCUUGUAUAUAGUACUUUAUCUUUAACAGCCCGCGUGUCAUAU